AUGGCGCAGCCAAUGUCGCAGAAGAAGCAGCAAGAGCUGCAAAUCCAGUAUUCGAACUACAAGAACAUCCUCCAGCAGCUCGCACAGAAGAUCGGCGAUGUCGAACAAGAGACAGAAGAGCACAAGCUUGUUCUCGAGACUCUGGAGCCCCUCCCCGAGGAUCGGAAGUGUUUCCGCAUGAUUAAUGGCGUGUUGGUGGAGCGGACGGUGAAGGAUGUGGUACCAGCGCUGAAGACAAACUCGGAAGGUCUCAAGAAAGUUUUGGAGGAUCUGCUGAAGCAGUACAAGGCGAAGCAGGAGGAGAUGGACAAGUGGAAGAAAAAGAACAACAUCCAGGUCGUGCAGCAGUAG